UUUGAAAUUAUCGCAUUGAUUUUGUAGUUUUCACUUUCGAUUCACUUUUUUUUCUUUCCUACCGAACUAACUUACGGAUCAAGCCCGUUCAAAGCAUUAAGCUUCAACAACAUCUUUAUCAAAGAUGACCCAACUGAAACAUAUGACUUCAAAUACUAUUCAGCGAAUAAGGGUCUUUACGUCACUAAUCCUCCUUGCUUGGGGAUCAACAAUGACAGAACCUGGGUCGCGGUCAUCUACCUUUGCGCGCUUCCCAAACACCGCGUUCGAGCUUGACGGGACCAUACUGACGAAAGGUGAGGUGAGCGAGAUGGAGUGCGCAAUGAUGUGUAGUGCCAAGCGCAGAUGUAAAGUCGCGGUAUACGAGACAUGGACGCAUGACUGCCGGCUUGGGAAGCACAGUAGUGGGCCCGAACAAACCGUCCAUGGGAUAGUCACGAUGCGCAAAAUCGAUUUAGAAAGGAAAACCCCUGUAAUUGGUACUCCAGAUGUUUUUCGCAGUUGCCAAGAAAUAUUAGAACACGGAAGGUCGGUAGGUUCCGGGGCUUACAAUCUCACAACAGAGGACUCGAGCGAAGAUCAAGUGUUUUGUCAAAUGAGUGACAACAGCGCAUGCGGAAGUGGAGGAUGGACGCUGGUCAUGAUCAUUAAUGGUGAUAAGCAGACGUUCAGAUAUGACUCCGACUACUGGACCAACAAGAAAACAUUUCACCCAAGAAGAGGUCAAUUGCUUGAGAUGGAUGAUACCAAACUGCCCACGUACUGGACAACAUCAUUCACCAGACUUUGUCUCGGAGUCAGGCCCUUAAAAUUUAAUUCGCCCAUAGAGUGGAGUCAUGUUGAAUUCAGCGAGCGCCAGGCAUCUCUCUAUUCAGUCAUAACGUCAGGCCUAGAUUUUAUAAAGAUGGGCCAAGAAUGGUGGUUGAACGCCACUCAUGCCAACAACCCACUGAGUGGCAAGAUACAGGAAGGCAUAAACGUCAUGACAUACAACACAUCGGUGCGACUAGGCGUGGUCGGCACAGUUGAUAACUGGACCGGAUCACAGCGAAGACCCUCGUCCUAUAUGGGGGUAGGCACCCAGGCGUGGUGGCAUCAGACAUAUGGAGGCAUCUCUUGCGGCAGCGCAAAGUUUGAAAAUUCCCUUAAAGAAAAGUCCCCUGCAUUUUGUUACCUUCUGGUAAAAUGAGACCCUUAAAUAGAGCAACAGACCAUUUACCUUUAAAGGGAAGGCAGUGACCUGCUCUUCCUUAACACCCUGUCCCAUGCCCUGUCCCACGCCCUGUCCAACGCCCUGUCCAACGCCCUGUCCAACGCCCUGUCCCACGCCCUGUCCCACGCCCUGUCCCACGCCCUGUCCCAUGCCCUGUCCAACGCCCUUUCCCAUGCCCUGUCCCGUGCCCUGUCCAACGCCCUGUCCCAUGCCCUGUCCCGUGCCCUGUCCAACGCCCUGUCCCAUGCCCUGUCCAACGCCCUGUCCCACGCCCUGUCCCAUGCCCUGUCCAACGCCCUGUCCCAUGCCCUGUCCAACGCCCUGUCCAACGCCCUGUCCAACUCCCUGUCCAACGCCCUGUCCCAUGCCCUGUCCAACGCCCUGUCCUAUGCCCUGUCCCGUGCCCUGUCCAACGCCCUGACCCAUGCCCUGUCCCGUGCCCUGUCCCAUGCCCUGUCCAACGCCCUGUCCCAUGCCCUGUCCCGUGCCCUGUCCCAUGCCCUGUCCAACGCCCUGUCCCAUGCCCUGUCCCGUGCCCUGUCCAACGCCCUGUCCCAUGCCCUGUCCAAUACCCUGUCCCAUGCCCUGCCCAACGCCCUGUCCCACGCCCUGUCCCAUGCCCUGUCCCGUGCCCUGUCCCAUGCCCUGUCCAACGACCUGUCCCAUGCCCUGUCCAACGCCCAGUCCCAUGCCCUGUCCAACGCCCAGUCCCAUGCCCUGUCCAACGCCCAGUCCCAUGCCCUGUCCAACGCCCUGUCCCAUGCCCUGUCCAAUACCCUGUCCCAUGCCCUGCCCAACGCCCUGUCCCACGCCCUGUCCCAUGCCCUGUCCAACGCCCUGUCCCAUGCCCUGUCCAACGCCCUGUCCAACGCCCUGUCCAACUCCCUGUCCAACGCCCUGUCCCAUGCCCUGUCCAACGCCCUGUCCUAUGCCCUGUCCCGUGCCCUGUCCAACGCCCUGUCCCAUGCCCUGUCCCGUGCCCUGUCCCAUGCCCUGUCCAACGACCUGUCCCAUGCCCUGUCCAACGCCCAGUCCCAUGCCCUGUCCAACGCCCAGUCCCAUGCCCUGUCCAACGCCCUGUCCAACGCCCUGUCCAACGCCCUGUCCCAUGCCCUGUCCAACUCCCUGUCCAACGCCUUGCCCAACGCCCUGUCCAACGCCCUGUCCCAUGCCCUGUCCAACGCCCUGUCCAACGCCCUGUCCCGUGCCCUGUCCAACGCCCUGUCCAACGCCCUGUCCCGUGCCCUGUCCAACUCCCUGUCCAACGCCCUGUCCCAUGCCCUGUCCCGUGCCCUGUCCAACGCCCUGUCCCACGCCCUGUCCCACGCCCUGUCCAACGCCCUGUCCAACGCCCUGUCCAACGCCCUGUCCAACGCCCUGUCCCACGCCCUGUCCCAUGCCCUGUCCCAUGCCCUGUCCAACGCCCUGUCCCACGCCCUGUCCCACGCCCUGUCCAACGCCCUGUCCAACGCCCUGUCCCAUGCCCUGUCCCGGAUGUCCCGGAUUUCCGGAUGAUUAAUUGAUCUAUUUUUCAUGAUCUUUGUCGUAGGUAAAAAUAAACUUAAAGGAUGGGUAAAUUUAAUUGAUAUUACGCUGUAACAUAAAGUAAUUUCUCACAAUAAAGUAACACAACAAAGCAGAAAGACCUAA